AUGGAGAAGUUGUCGGGAGAAUUUAAAGGGUCUCCUCCGUACUUCAAUGAAGACAAGGAUAGCAGCUCGCUAUCACCAAGUUUACCUAGUCAAGACGAUAAAAAGUACAAAUACAAUGUUUCUGCAGACGCACAAGAGACCAAAGAGGUCCUGACUGAGGAUCAAUUGAUAUAUAUCACUACUCGAAUGGGCUAUGAACACGCUACAGAUCUCGAGCAUAUCCCUGAAUCAGUAAGAUACCUAGAGUCCAAGCUUGCGGACUUGGAUGUCGAAAAGUGCUGUGAAAUUAUUGAUGUACAUAUCAAGGAGCACGAUCAGGACCCAAAUUUAAGUACUGAGGAUUGGAAUGAUCUAGUUCGUUUCUCUAAGAGAGAUUUUGACCCCAAAAAUCCGCAGCAGGUGUUUGAACUUAAAGUUGUUGCAGCUAUCUUUCAUUAUUAUUCGCCAUACGUGGAAGUGAGGGCGGUCGCAAGCCCUGUGGAUGAUCCGACCAUUCCAGUAGAGACUUUCCGUGCUUAUUUCUUGGCGACUCUUUGGGUGGUUAUCGGUAGUGGUUUCAACAUGUUUUUUGCGCAGAGGCAGCCAGCAAUCAGUCUUGGAGUAUUUGCCGUGCAAAUGCUGGUAUAUCCAUGUGCAGUUUUGUGGGUGCGCGUGAUGCCAUGCUGGGGUUUCAAAGUCUUUGGUCGCAGAAUUGCGCUCAACAUUGAGUCUCAGUGGAGUGAGAAGGAGCAGAUGUUUGUGACACUGCUGUACAGUAUCACCAAUGGCGCAUUCUACUCUGAAUAUAAUAUUGUAACACAGCAAAUUCACUACAAAAGCCCUAUGUCAUAUGCAUAUCAAUUUCUACUAUCAUUUUCACUUCAGUUCUUGGGGUUUGGAUUAGCUGGAAUCAUGAGAAGAUAUGUCGUGUAUCCAUCAAUUGCCCUUUGGCCAUCCAGUAUGACUACUAUAGCCCUAAACAAGGCACUACUAAGCUCCGACCACUCGAAUGGUAUUGGUAGAAAAAAAAUGUUUUACAUUACUGCGACGGCCAUAUUUGUAUACAAUUGGUUUCCGACAUACCUUUUCGAAGCCUUGAGUACCUUUAACUGGAUGACUUGGAUAAAGCCAGAUAACUUCAGUCUUGCAACUGUCACCGGUGGGAUUAAUGGCGUGGGACUGAACCCAAUUUCGACUUUCGAUUGGACGAACAUUGGAACGAGCAGCCUUUACCUCCCGUUCAGAGUAACACUGACUACGUAUUUGGGAGGCCUACUUGCAGCACUAGUCACUCUUGGCGUCUAUUAUAUGAAUUACAGAGAAUGCCAGUUUCUUCCAAUAUUCACGCAAAGCUUAUAUAAUAACAGAGCAACAUCGUACCGGGUAGAAGAAAUACUGACUGAAGAUCGAAAGCUCGACGAGCAGAAGUUCCAGAAAUAUGGAUUUCCAUACUAUACUGCAGGUAACAUUGUGGCAUAUGGGUGUUUUAUGUGCGUUUACACCGCUCUUGUAGUGACAUCCAUUCUGCAGCAGGGGGCAUUUUAUGGACGGGUGUAUAAAACUUGGAUCCUAGAUUUAUGGUCGCUGAGAAAGCCGAGCUCAUGGCGUGCAGUGUUCAGUAAUGAUAAGCACGUGCUAGACGAUUUCCACGAUUCACACAGUCGGAUGAUGAGGAAAUACAAAGAGGUACCUGAAUGGUGGUACAUGACUAUAUUCAUAGUUUCAAUUGUAAUUGGAAUCAUUGUGGUGAAAGUAUUCAAAACAAAUACACCUGUGUGGGGAUUAUUUCUAGCAGUAGCUUUAAAUUUUGUUCUGUUACUUCCAAUCACGUUACUACAAGCGACGCGCGGUGUUACUAUAGGACUGAACCUGUUGCUGCAGAUGAUAAGUGGCCUGGCACUACCGGGAAAUCCCUAUGCUCUAAUGUUUAUCAAGGCCUUUGGGUAUAAUAUUGAUGGCCAAGCUGAUAACUAUCUUGGCAAUAUGAAGUUGGCACAUUACGCAAAGAUACCACCCGUUCCACUAUUUCGGGGACAGCUUUUAAUGGUUCUGAUACAGAUCUUUGUGAAUCUUGGCGUUAUCAAUUGGCAACUUCAUAAUAUUGAGAACUAUUGCGAUCCUAAGCAGCGGUUCAAGUUUACGUGUCCGGGAAUUAGAACAUACUUCAAUGCUUCUGUUAUGUGGGGUGCUAUUGGGCCAAAGAGAAUUUUUGAACAUGUCUAUCCUAUCAUGAAAUGGUGCUGGUUAAUUGGGGCGUGCGUAGGAUUGUUCUUCGGACUAUGGAAAAAGCUCAGUAUCAUGUACAAAAAGAUACCCUACCCUGACCGGUUUAGUCCGGUAAUAUUUAUCAUUGGAAUGCUUUCUUUUGGUCCUCCCUACAAUUUGCAGUAUACUACCUCUGGUCUCUAUGUGGGCUUCAUUUCUAUGUGUUACAUGAAAAGAUACCACCUUCGCGUAUGGGAAAGAUAUAACUAUGUCGUUGCUGCUGGUAUCUCCUGUGGUUUAGUGUUUUCUGCUAUCGUGAUGUUCUUCACCGUUCAAUGGAAGGGUGUCGAAAUAUCAUGGUGGGGGAAUACGGUUUCAUAUGCGGGUCUUGAUUACGCUCGGGUACCGCUUCUCAAUGUGACUGAAACAGAGAGAGGAUACUUUGGACCAGAACUUGGCCAAAUUCCUGGGUAG